AUGGCUGCAACACGGUCAAAGGCGACACCGCCUGUUGGCUCGUCGCAAUGGAUACAGAACGAGAAAGAACACGCUGAUCAGUUCGUCACGCAAGAGGUGGAGGAGUUCAGCUACAGUGUGCGCAACGAGUUAGAAUGGCUGAACGAGCACAUGGCCGACAUUUUCUCCAAAACCCAGGUGUAAGUCGAAUACCAGAAGACAUGCACGAACCCACUGACACGUCGCAGUAACUUCGCAGAUAUGUUCAAGACACCUGGCAAACUACGCGGAAAAACACCUCGCACUGCCCGAAAGCGAGACGCAACAGCUCCACGACAACCAUUGACUGACAUUUUCGCUCCCAAUGCCACACUGCCUGCCCCUGCCUCUGCGCAAAAGACGUCAUUCUAUGAUAGAGUCGCCCAGCUACAAGUCCCUCAAGACGAAAAUCAGAUGCCGACUCAUAAGCCCGUCUCGCGCGGCACCAGCCCACAACGCGCCGGAAAGCCCUGGACUGAUUCCGGGUACCAUGGAAUGAUGACCGAAGACGAGAUGGAGCUUGACGCUGCUACGCAUGCUGAGACUGACACAUCUUCUCGGGCCGGUGAGCCACAAAAGAUACCCACACGCGACGAUCAGCCACUCGCUCAGCGCCUGCGGGAUGGCAAGGCGGACGAGACUGGCACUAGUGAUGACUCCUUCAUAUCUGCCAGAGAACAGGAGAGCGAUACGCCCGCAGCGGCUGAUGAAGAGAUUGAGGACGCUGCUCCUGCCGGUGAGCCACAGGAUGAACCACAUGCCGAGGACGAGGUAAUGCAGGAUGAGAACGUGCCUCCUCCAACCGAAGAAGAAGAAGAAGAAGCCCACGAGGCUCCAGCCAACGAGGAUAUGAAGGCAUUGGAGGCUGAGCAGGACAAUGACGUGGACAUGAAUGUUGAUGAGUCUCCUCAUUCGGACGCGUCCAGCCCGCAGAAGCCGCUGCACAGAAAGAGCAGCUUCACUUUCUCCUCCCUCCCAGCCAGGGAGCCGCUCGGUGCAAAGCGAAGCAUGGGACAAGUCGAUCGACACAGAAGCAGCUUUUUUGGCAAAUCAAUCAACAAGGCCAGCCAGAAUGAUGCCGAUGAUGAGCUCUCGCAAGAAAAGUCUGCCGAUGCAAGAGUCCACAACAAGUCCUCCACUCAGCUUUUGCACGAGCGCCUUAACAUGCUCGGCAAGACAAAGGAGCCUCGUUCAUCGAAGAGCAUUCCACAGAGCGUUCUUGUCAACCAGCCAACCUAUCCUCAGCUUCCAGAGACCGAACAGUCCAACUCUCAGGCAACAGAAGCUUACGACUAUCCUGAAAAGGUCGCUGGCAAGACGCCUGCUCCUAUGGACGACGACGAUGAUGAUGAUUGGAUCGCGCCAGCAAAGCCCCAUUCCGCGUCUCAGAAAGAGAGUACCGAUUCUCCUUCACGCCCAGCAAUGCACCAGAAGUCAAUUUCGACGAACUACAUUCCCUCGCCAAAACCCGAGAUGGCGCCGGAUACCCGACACCAAAAGGCCAUUUCGAUAUCUCACCCUAACUUCGCAGAAGCUUUGGACACAAAUACGCCAGCUGGCUCGCCGAUGACGAAGAGGAAUAAUGACGGCCCGAUUAGUGCUUCGAAAAACAGACUAUGGUCUGCCUUGAAGUCCGCUAAGAGCAUCUUCGCAUCGUCUGCAAGUGCUAGCGCUGCGGCCAAGUUAGAAGCCCACAAUAUCUCUCCAGCUCCAGCAAACUCACCACGGCGAAUUUCCGGAGAAUCCAAGAUGUUCAACAUGCCCGGUGCUUUGUACACGCAGAAGGAUUUGCUUCAACAUCCUGCUAGGAACAAUUCUGUGAUCUCCUUUAGCCCUAGCAGAAAGACGAGGAAGUCUGCCGAGAGCGACAAGCAGCGUGAGAAGGAGCUUAAAGCGCAGCAGAAGGCGGACGAGGAACUGGAGAAGGCGAGAGAGAAGGAACGCCAGAGAGCUGCCAAGUGUUUGGCCGAAGAGAAGGCCAAAGCUGAGAAGGCAGAAAAGGCAGAGGCUGCCAAGCAGGAGAAGGAGAGAAAGCAGGCUGAAAAGCAAAAGGCUCUAACACCUGCCCAGCGACCGAUAUCUGCCGAGAGUGAGAAGGCUCCCGAGAGCGAUAUGGGUCCUCCACCGCCGCCAAAGAACAGCGUUCUUUCAAGUGGCAAGCUUAAGGCACCUGGCCGAUUGAUCCGUCCAACUCGCAAUGAGCCAGCGCAGUCAAAGCCAGCACCAGUGUCCAUCCGUGUGGCUUCACAGUCUCAGCGACUGGGUCAAGGGGCAACCCAAUCAUCCUUCUCCAAGUCGCAAGGCGCAGGUGCGGUGCCACCACCUCCGCCCAAAGACGCUGGACCUCGUGCUUCGUCUGCCAUCGGUUUCCGCCCCGGCUCCGCCGCUCCCGGUAACUCCCGUGUGAAGGCUCUUGAGGCUGCCGCGAGGAAGAAGGAAGCAGAUGAGAGAGCAGCGGCAAAGAAGGCCGAGCAGAAACGCGAGCUGGAGCGAAAGCGGGCCGAGAAAGCCGAGCAGGAGAAGCGUGCUGAAGAGGAACGUAAGGCAGCAGAACAGCAACGCGUCCAAGAGGCCAAGCAAGUUGCGCAGCGCAAGGCCGCAGAAAAGCAAGCUGCCGAUGCCCGCAAGCGUGAGCAAGAUCGUGCAGAGCAACAGCGUCGGGAGCAGGAACGUCAAGAACAAGCUCGCCGGGAACAGGAGCGCGCUGAGCAGCAACGCCGCGAGGCAGAGCAAUGGCGACAACAAGACGAAGCUCGCAAAGCGAGAGAAGCUCAUGAAUUCGCAGAGCAGAUCCGACGAGAGCGUGCCCAGCAAGCUCAAACACAAGCUCACGGAAGGAGUGAUGUGCCGGGAACGCUGAGACAGCUCACGAAGAACAUGGUGCCGUCCAUCAAUCCUGCCAAGCCUGCGAAGAGACAGCUCCCUGCCGAUGAUGAUGAGCCGGCUCAACAGCCGCAGCGACCGGGACUUGUGCGCGGCCCGGCUACAUAUCAACAGACGGAUGCCAAGCGAAGGAGAACUAACGAAGAGCAAGAAGAGCCCAACGAGCGGCGUUCUGUGAUGGCGCCGCCCAAACGGCCAUCAACUCUACGCAAGGUAUGUGAGGUGCCUUCCAAUACAUGUCGUAAUACUCACACUUCAAAGGAAACCAUGACCAAAUUCUCGCAUGGUUAUACGCAUGCUCCUCCACCUGCAGCGCACCACGCAAGCAUGUUCAAGGCCACAGUCACUGCUCAACACCAGAUGCAGCACGGUUCGAAGCCUGCUCACCCGAGCCAGCUUGUCCAGAUGUCGAAUGCUCGAAUCCCGUUUGCCGAGAAUGCGAAUCCGCAAGCCACGUACCAGCCGUCUGGUUCGCAGUCGCAGAUGCAUCCUGGAUACGAGAAUGUGCCGCCCAACAAGUUCAAGACUCCUGCACGACCUGCCCAUGCUCCCAAAUCCGCCAAAUCGACGCCACACUACCCGCAGGGUGACAACAUCGAGCUUCCCGAUAUCGCCACAGAUUCGGAAGAUGAGAGCGAUGACGAGGAGGAGACUGGCGGUGGUUUCCGUGCUCCUUCUUGGGUGGCCAGUCCUGCCUUGCGUGAUUUGCUCACACAACAGCAGCUUGUUGAUCCCGAGACAGUCUUUGGCCCUAUUGGUGAGCUCAAGAUGGAUGAGGUCUUCAAGAACAGCAAGAACCAGGAUCGCUUGAAGCGCUUCCGUGAUCGUGGAAGCAGUGCGCUUUGGACUGAGACGGGCGAUGCUGUCACGAGUGCGGAGAAGAAGAAGGACAUGGAGAUGCGUGAAAAGGUGGCGAGGGAGGGUGGUUGGCGGUAUGAGCCGAACGCUUGA